AUGAACAAACUUCGUAGUGUCUUUCACGAAGAGAAGACAGCAGUAGAAUAUGAAGAUGUAGCAUUGGAGCCAAUCAACAGUGCAGAUAGCCAGCAGCAUCAAAAACAGCCUCCAGCAUCGACGGGUGCACCUCAUCACACAGUCAUCGUCACACCCAAUCCAUCGAUACUCUCCAUCCCUAUUGAUGAGCAUGGUAACAUGAGAAAAUCGCUGCUCUUGAAGAAUGCAUUUCUGAUAGGCUCACCUUAUGAUGACUCGAGUACAACAGGUGAUGGUGGUGGAGAAAGCAGGCAACAUGUAUCGUCUGCCUGCUGUCAUGGCCAAGUCAUGCACUACAUGAAAACCAAGAUGGCAUUCAAAGCACAAGUAGCAGAUGACCCUCGCUUAUUUUUGCCCAGUAAAAAGAGAUUGAUUUUAGCUGCUUUGGCGUUGGGCGCAUCAUUGAAUGGAUUUUGUUCUACUGUCUAUUUCCCAGGAAUUCCAGAUAUCAAAGCAGAUCUCAAUGCUUCUGAUAUGGAGAUGACACUGGUUUCAUCUCUUUUCAUCUUGUUUGGUGGCAUUGGACCCAUAUUUUGGGCGUCCAUGUCUGAUUACUACUACAUCAGAAGAUUCUUGUACCUGAUUGCAUUACUGAUAUUCAUUGCUGCUUCUAUUGGAUGCGCAUUGGCGAACUCUGCUUCUGUGUUGAUUGUAUUACGAUGUAUUCAAUCCAUUGGCACAUCAGUUACCAUGUCAGUUGGAGCGGGCACUGUUGCUGAUUGCUGGCAAAUGACAGAAAGAGGCUCUGCAUUCAGUUUCUUGUUUAUUGGGCAAUUUAUAGGGCCAUUGAUAGGUCCCAUCAUUGGUGGUGGUAUCGCUACUGCGAGUGGUUGGCGAAGUGUGUUUUGGGUCUGCACAGGCUAUGGCGUAUCUCUGUUUGUGUUUUUUUUUCUAUUCUUUCCUGAAACGUACCGCUUAGAUCAUCAUUGGAAUCAACGCUUCGCUGAGCUGCCAAGCCAGACCACACUCCCAGUCGUCGCCAUGGCAACAGAUGAGAAUGCUUUUUCUCAACUUGACCUACCUCCAUUGAUUGCCACUACAUCGAGAACCUUGACUAUCGUUACAACUGCCACACAUCAGCAAGGGUUUAAUCCAUUCAAGAGUUUUGUCAUGCUUAAAUAUACAUUUGUUUGCUUUGUAGCUAUUGAGAUCGGCUUCUGCUUUGGCACCAUGUUCACACUCGAGACAUUGAUUCCAGAUCUUUACUUUAUCAAUUAUGGAUUUGACUCAUGGCAGACAGGUUUGAGCUUUAUUGGGGCAGGCCUUGGCAAUGUUAUAGGGUCCAUUGUCUCUGGUAGAUUAUCCGACUAUCUGCUGAUUCGAUCAAGUAAGCAGAGAGGAGGCAUCUCCAAAGCAGAAGACAGACUAACGCUGAAUGCAUGGCCUGGUGGAUUCAUUCUUAUACCUAUGGGUGCCUUGUUAUUUGGUUGGAGUAUCAUGGCUGGAUUUUCAGUAUGGCCAGCCAUUAUUGGGUUUAGUAUUCUGUGUUUUGGAAUGAGCCAAGUAUAUACAGCUGGUUCUGCUUAUCUGGUGGAUAGCAUCCCUGGCAAAGGAGCAUCUGUAACAGCUGCCUGUAACUUUUUUCGCAUGACCAUGGCUGCUAUCUUGAGUUUUGUCUCACCUAUUAUGGGGUCAGCACUGUCUAUCGGCUAUGUUUGUAUUCUACUAGCCUCACUCAACGUACUAGGCAUGAGCCUAUUGGUGCUUAUUAAACUCAAGGGCAUUCAUAUGAGAAGGCAGGCAGGAUUCGCACAAGCCAAGUAG